AGAGUAAAUACAAAGUAGUCUUGAUGGGACAGCGGCGUGCGCCGCACCGUGAGUCGCUGGUCCGCGCGCGUCAAACCUAUAUCGCUCCGAUACACGCACACCGCGCUCUCGCGAGUAGCUCGUGAUACAUGUUCGCGCGCUAUGUGCCGUCAGUGUGUGUGUCCGCCAAGGGAUUCUAGAUGACUGUGGGAAUAGUGAGUGACAAUCGUGCAGCAAAGAAAUGGAAAAGAUAGAGUUAUUGGGCGGUGCUUGCUUCAGCCAUGGCCCUUACACAUUUUAUAAAGCGGUAAGGAUAGGUAACGGCCGUGUUCUUCGUCUCGGCAGUUUCUUCCUAACGAAAUUGUGGAGCGAUGCCGAUCUCGUCAGCAUUGGGGAACUUCAGCUGCUGUGGAUGGACAGUCGUGGACCGAAUCAGCCUUUGGCGUCUUUACGGCUUUAUUUCUUACCUGAGAACACACCGGACGGAAGGAGGGAUACGCACGGAGAGGAUGAGGUGCUGACGAUAUCGGAAAAGGUGGUUGUUCGUGUACACGAUCUCGUCACGUGGCUUUCGCCCUCGUUGGAAUGGUCAUGGGGUCGAGAGGUGUCUUAUCCGACGACCCCGACGUCGUCUCCGGAAACCAGCCCGCUGCGAUACGAAAUGCCGCAGCCGCAGGUGCUAACGGAUCCAGGAAUCGACUUCUCGGAUGUCGAUAAGCAGCAGAAGGAGUACGAGAGCAACCUGAACUCUUCGAGGAGAUUGGAUUGUUUCCAGACGAAGGUGGUGGUGCUCUCGUAUCCUAGGUAUUGCCGUUACCGAGCACUCCUACGUCGACUCGAGGGCGCCGAGCCUUCCUGGCUGUGUUCGUCUAUCGCAGCCGCGUUAGGAGGCUUCACCGCGACCCCCGGCACCAAGGUACUCUUCUGCCGAGACACCUUCGACUAUCCUGAUCUCGAAACUCACGAGCUACUGUGUAAUCAUUUAGCACCAAAAUUAAAAGGCAGACCACGACGAAAACGUAAAAAGCGUAGCGCUUCGCCGGGCGAGUCUUCGAACGAGAGCGAAGCCUCGGUGGCAUCAACGUCGAGGAGCACACCGGCGAACACUAGCACUAGCCUAGUUAUACCCACGGUCGGGAGGCCUCCCUCUUCCGCGGUACGGCGGAGCGAGAGGAAGAUCACCGCGGAGGAAAAGAAGUUUAUCACCGACGUGCAGAGUUUUAUGAACUCUCGGGGUACGCCGGUCGGAAAGAUGCCACUGCUGGGCUACAGGCAGAUCGAUCUGUUCCUGUUCUACACGAAGGUGCAAAUGCUCGGUGGUUACGAUUCCGUCAGUGCUGGCCGUCUUUGGAAAACUAUCUACGACGACAUUGGCGGCAAUACGGGUUCCACGAGCGCGGCGACCAUUACACGAAGACACUACGAAAGGUUGUUAUUGCCUUACGAAAGGUAUCAACGAGGCGAAGAGACAAAAGUAAGACUGAAUCACGGACGACGUACCAAGAGUAUGAGCGUGUUCGAGGAUUCAGAUAUCAAGGAAGAACCUAGUGAUUCGUAUCCAUUGGAAACACCGCCCGUAGAAGCAAUUUCCGUGACCACAAUAUCACCCUUGCAGCCAAUAAUAGCAGCAACGACUCUCCUCUCGAAUGAGAAACCCAAAACAGAAUCCGGCAAGACGUCUUCGUUGCGUAGCGUACGAGUGAAACCGGAACGUCUAAAGUCCCUGAACACAAUAAUCGCCAAUAGCGCGACACCUUCCAGCCAGCAAGCUAGCCAACUGCCAAGUCCACCGCCAUCCUCCAAUACGUCUAUUUCGACCCCGAGCAGCACACCCUCCACAACGCCGACGAAUGGUACCAGUAAUAGUCAGAGCGUCUUGGAGAGACAGCUCAACAGUCCUUUGAUAUCCCAACAAGUUCCACCAUCGUGUUCGCCACCGGGCUUGCCCGUGACCAGCGUAGCGACGAAUGCGUCGACGGUCGUCACUUUGACACCACCACCGGAGAAAGAUAUGAAGGAGAUUAAACUGGAUCCCAAGCAAACGACUCUAUUGGCGCAGGGGAAAGAGAAUAUACCGUUGUUCGGCGGCGAGAAAUUCACGGAGAAGACGAUUGUACCGCCGGUCUGCAGAUCGCCCGAGGUGAUCGACCUCGAAAACGAGAGCGAUACGAGUCGGGAUAAGAUAAUCAUUCCUAGCUUUAAGAAACGCAAGCUCGAGAUUCUUCGCGAGGGCGGUCUCGAAGUCACCGCUGUUGAUCUGGAUGCCCGGCCGAGCGUGAUCCAGAGCAGCGUCGCCACAUCACCGCAACAGACGCCGCCACCGCCGCCGCUGCCGUCGGCUAUGAGGUCCACCGAGGAGAAACAACCGUCGAUCUCACCGUAUCCGAUGCCAGCCACGCCCAACUCCAUUCCUAAAUUAAUAUCCGUCACCGUGACGCCCGACAUAGGACACAUGCUGCCGCAGGAGCAUCAGAAUCACCAAUCGCGAGUUCCAGUGGGCAAGCAACAACCGGUUCAUCACAAUAAUAAUAAUAAUAGCACGAUGAACAACAAUAAUGUAACGAACAGUCGGGUGAUAAAUCUCGGUAAUUCGAACAAUGCGCUGUUGCAACUGUAUGCAAACGCGAACGUUGCGCCACCGAUUUCGGCAACGAUUCCGCAGCAGCCAAAUAAUCGCAUAUUACCAAUUCCGAACGGCAGGCUUAUGCCGCCUAAAGUAACGCAGUCGAGAUCGAUAUUCAUGCAUAACGAGAAAACGGUUUACGGAAAUCCCAAGGAUAUUCUUAUCUCUCCGAAACAUCGCUCGGUGCAUCCGCAUCAACAGUCGCAGCAACGCUCGCAAUAUUCGCAAAUGAGCAACGACAUCGGACAAGGAGGUGUUCUCGAUCUUACGCAAAAGUCCAACGAGAAACCCACGUUUCCCAGGCCCAGUCUAGAAAUAGUCAGAGUACCUGUAGUGCCGAGGCCUAAUCCGUUAAAUCUGGAAAUGCGAAAUUUAUCCGGGGCUAAGGACAAACCAACGUUAGAUAGAUCUUCCGCUGAUUGUUCGAAGCGAGUAUCCUUCCCUCCCUAUCAGAACGUAAUCGACAGUCGAACCAUCGCUUCGAACAACCUCGAGAUUACUCUCGUAAAUCCCAAGCAGAAAAACAAUCAUCAUCCAAGUACACCGUCUCACGUCCAAAUACCGAGUCCACCUAAUAAAAGUAACGCAAUAGGAACGAUCGGUAGCGCGCAGAGAAGGCAACAGCAGCAUCAAGUAAACGGAAAGUAUGCGGCGAGAAACGAACCGAUAUCACCGUAUACGCCAAGAAAACCGAGUCAUCCCGUCAUACCUAACGUACCCAACUUGAAUCAUCUAAAUCACAGUGGAAAUUCGUUUCCCAGAAUGCAAGCAACGACGAUGCAACAACAACAACAACAACAACAAAUGAGCAUCGACAGAAGGAAAGCGGCCGCCGAGGCCGGCAGGGAUCAUCAGCAUCGUAGAAUUAGCGAGAGCGAGAAGUCGUCGUUGGCGGCGCAACAACAGCAGCAACAAGAAUCUAGGCAAAGCGAAGCCGGUCGACGGCACAGUUUACCCAGCAUACCGUCGGGUUUUGUGCCGGCGGUAUCGCAAAACAACUCUGCCGCAUUCCCAUUGCCACAACUGUCAAACACGCCUGGUAAAUUCCUACCGAUUCUGGACCCUAUGUAUUACUCAGCGUUCUACAACGGCUUGUUUCCGCCACCGAUUCCGCCCACGGCCGCUGCUGCCGCAACGUCGUUUCUACCGCCGGAAUUUAGCGCAUAUUACAAGGAAUUACUAGUUUCCUCGCAACCAAGACUGACGGGGAUAACGGGGCAGCCGCCGUAUCAACAACCGGCCGCCCCAACGUCUAAAUAGACAAUGGGAUCUCAACAUGUAGGGUUUCCGGUAUAGCGAGGGAUGCUUCGAUUACUAUAGAGAAACGUGGAUCCGUCGGAUUUGUUUCGCUGUCGAGAAACGUAUAUAUACCGCGUACGAAGCGCGAUUGUAUGGAUAAAAGUGAUGUUAGCACAUUGAGAUUAUCUACGUUCAGUUAUGUUGUUUUUUUCAUUCGAUUAACAAACUGUAAUUAUUCACAGUGUUCGUUCAUGAUAGAACAAAAAUUGCAAGUCCUUCAAAAUUUCGCGCAAAGAUAAUAUAAUAUAUCGACGGAUUAAUUACGUAAUUAAUUACAAGUAUUUCUGUAGUAGAUUAUGUAUAUCGCAAUAAUGCGCUAAAAUUUUAUUUCAUUUGCUCAUUUUAUCGCUCGAAAUUUUGAAGGAUUAUCGAUAUAAAAGAUAUGCCCUGUGAUAAAACUGCGACAAAAAAGAUUCAAGAAGACAUUCGAUGGAGUAUUACCAUGGAAGAUUGUUAUUUUUAUAUGUUUAUUUUAUGUAAAUUGUAUACGCGUGUUUUUCAGU